AUGCCCUCAAACUCAAACCACCGGUAUGAGGCUCUUCAAGACCUAGCGCCAAUACCGACGUAUGAUGAGGCCAUGGCCGGGAGUAGCGGACCGCCGCAAGAGACCAGAUCCCUGCUGCGCACCCAUCAGCGCAGCAACUCGACAGCCACCGACCCCGAUAGCCCAGUCCGGUCGCGCCGACAGAAUGGCAAUAAUUACAGACCACCCACAGUGGAGACGGACGACGAGGACAGCCUAUGGGGCUCCGAUGAUGGGGAGGGUGAUGCGGCGCAGGUCAGGAGGGAGAUGCAAGAGUUGGAGAUGGAGGACGAUGAUGACCAUGCCGUUGGGAGGGGUCGUUCUACGAUAUUCGGGAAACGACUAGGCUUCUCACUGCCAAGAUGGAAAUGGAGGUGGCAGAUGCCGCGUCUGCGAAUCCAACUACCGACCGCAAACGUGACGAGUUCAGGGGCCGGUCCCAGCUCGUUGGAAGAGGGUGGCGGAUCGGGCGAAACGGCAUCGGACCGGUUACUACCAUUGCGCACGCUCUGGGAGCGAAUGCCACCGAUCAAUGCCGCGCAGGUCUGUCUUGUGUUUGGUCGCAUCUUUGCCAUCUUCCUGAUUCUUGGAUUCUUGUAUUUUGUCUUCAUGAGCGACCUCAUGAGAGGCAUGCGCCGUGUUGGAGAAUACAACCCCGAGUCCGUCCGCUCGUGGCUCCUGGUUCACGUGAACCCCAACAACAUCCGAGACCACUUGCAACACUUUACGAGCUAUGCCCACAUGGCCGGCACAGAGGGCGACUAUGCGCUGGCCACCGACGUCAAGAACAGCUUCACUAGCUACGGCCUGGAGGACGUCUCGGUGGAGGAGUACUACGUUUACGUCAACUACCCUAAGAAGGAUGGCCGUGCGGUGGAGAUUUUGGACGGCGGCAAUAAAGUCCAGUGGUCGGCAAAGAUUGAAGAGGAGGAGCACGCCGCCGAGUCGGCAGGGAGGCAGACAUACGUUUUCCAUGGCCACUCCAAGAGCGGGGUCGUACAGGGGCCGCUCAUGUAUGCCAACUAUGGAAGCAGGGAGGACUUCAAGAGGUUGUACGACACCGGCAUUGAUACGAAGGGAGCCAUUGCCCUAGUUAGGCAUUACGGCUCUCAGGAGGAUGUGGGGCUGAAGGUCAAGGCGGCCGAGCUGGCAGGUUUCGCAGGCUGUAUCGUAUACAGCGACCCGAGCGAUGAUGGCUUCAGAGUGGGCGAACCCGCGCCCAAUGGAAGGUAUAUGCCCGAAGAUGGGGUACAGCGUGGUUCGGUAUCAUUGUCGAGCUGGCUCAUGGGAGACCCUUUGUCGCCCGGUUGGGAAAGCACAGGGAGGAUUCCAACCCGAUUGGAGCCGGAAAAGUCCAAGGGGCUCGUGCAAAUCCCCAGCAUUCCGCUCGCCUGGCGGGAUGCUAAAGAACUACUCAAGCGGCUGCAGGGCUUUGGUGUCAAAACGCCCGAGGACUGGAUUGGAGGCGUGCCCGAUGUGAAAGAAUGGUGGACUGGCAACCUGUCUUCACCCAUCGUGCGGUUGCGAAACGAGCAAGACGAGGUCAAAAAGAAGGAAAUUUGGAACGUCUACGGCCGAAUCAGCGGAGGCGAGCAGCAAGCCAAGUCAAUCGUCAUCGGCAACCGUCGCGACUCGAUGGCCUUCGGGGCGGCGGGUCCAGGCUCUGGCACGGCCGUCAUGAUGGAAGUCGCGCGCUUGUUUGGCGAUUUGCGCGCACGUGGAUGGGUGCCCAUGCGGACCAUUGACUUUAUGAGCUGGGACGGAGGCGAGUUCAACAAUGCCGGCUCGACCGAGUUUGUGGAGAAGAAUCUGGACUCGCUGCGUGCCGACGCAAUGGCCUAUAUCAACCUCGACGAGGCAGUCACGGGGUCGACUUUCCGUGCGUCCGGCUCGCCCUUCUUCCGCCGCCUGAUCCUGCAGGUUCUUCAUAGAAUCAACGAUCCGAUCGCGAACCAGACUCUGCGAACAAUCUGGGAUGAGCGCAACAGCAAACUGGAGGGCCUUGGCUCCGCGUCCGACUACGCAGCCUUCCAAAACAUUGCGGGCACGUCAUCGCUCGACAUCGGCUUCACCGGUGUCGAAAAUUCGCACGGCCGGCAUCCCCGCAAGUCGAGCUAUGAUGACUUUGAAUGGAUGCAGCGGCAGGGUGACCCUCAGUUUAUAUACCACACUCUGCUGGCCCAAAUACUGGCCAUGAUAAUCAUAGAGCUCGCAGACCGACCCAUCAUUCCUUUGGAUACAGACGCGUUCGCCGACAGCCUCUCCGCUUGGGCAGACGAAUUCGUCGAAUGGACCGAGAACAAGGGCGCGCAUCAGGAGGGCCACCCUCCCUUUGAGAUCAUGAAGCUGCGCGAAGCAGCCGAGUACCUAGCUGCCGAGACGAGAAAGUUUGGCAAGUGGGAGAUCAAGUGGGAAAACAUGGUCAUGUCGACGAGCUCGUUCGAGCCCCUGAUCCUUGCAAGGCAGAGGAUGGAGUUUAACGCUCGCAUGGGGCGGUUGGACUCGAACUUGCUUGAUUUUGAUCAACAUGGCGGAGCACCAAACCGCACCCAAUUCAAGCACGUCUUGUUUGGCCCUCAAUUAUGGAACAGUCGGGAGCCGGGAUAUUUCCCCGCAAUCCGCGAUGCGGUUGAGGCAGAAGACUGGAAGACGGCGAGCGAGAGGCUAGAAACGGCUGUCAAGAUCAUGAGGGCUGCUGGUCUUGAACUUGAAUCUCCCUCAUGA